AUGACUGGCACUUAUCGUCUACAACUGCCGUUGCUCAUCAUCAUCGCAUAUGUCAUUUUCUCAUCUCAAACUGCUAUUGUUAACGCUGUCGAAUACGCUAUUGAUUCGCGUAUCAAUCAGAAAAUUCUCAUUGGUCCCCAGCAUAUUAAUGCAUACCCAGGUGAAACGAUCCAAUUUCCUUGUAUCGUUUCCAAACAGCUGAAUGCAAUCGUAACCUGGUGUUGGAAUGAUUUUUGCACACUUGGCAAAACACAAUUAUUACGACAUGAAACAACUCCUCAUGGAGUUGUACGGAUCUAUCAAUACACGGCGUAUCCACGCUUUCAAUUAUCCAUCAAUGAACGUCUCAUUAAACACUACUAUCGAUUUACGCAAAAUCAUUACAAUUUGUCGAUUGUUCAUGUGUCAAAUAAGGAUGAAGGCAUAUUUCAAUGUCAAGUACAGCGAACAAUGGAUGCACACGAAGCACGUUCAGAACGUGUUCGAUUGACUAUUAUUACACCACCAAAUGGUCAACCGACAUUGAUACUUCCUGAUAUGCCAUUAAAACAAGGCCAAUCAGCGAAUGUGACUUGUUUAUCCACUCCGUCGAAACCGGCAUCUAAAUUAGUUCUUUAUAAAAACGAACAGAUGAUUAGCCGGGAACCUUCGGCAAAGGUUACAUAUGAAUUGGAUAUGAAGACAAAGAAAAAUCUAACGAAGUUAGUUUAUACCAUCGAUGAUCCCGACAGUACGUGGGAUUUUGCGUUGAUUCGAUGUGAACAAAUUUAUGAAUAUGGAAAUAGUUUUUCGAAGGAUGUUUCGAAAAGAAUUCAAGUUCAUUAUAAACCAAAAGCUCGUAUUGAAUCGCAAAAUCGCUAUCCUCUGACCAUCAAUUCAACUGCGACAUUUCGUUGUAUUGUUUCUGGUAACCCUGAACCACAAUUUAGUUGGUUUGCUAAUUCCAUGGAUUUAAGUGCCUUGAGCAGUUCAGUAAUCAGUAUUCCAUUAUCCAGACAAGUACACAAUCACACUAUUGGCUGUUCAGCAACGAAUUCCAUUGGUACAACAAAUACCAGUAUUCGAUUGUUGAUACGUUAUGCGCCGAGUUUCAUUGUACAACCACCGAAGUUUGUCGCUCUGGAUUCUAAUGAUAAACAAUCACAGAAUCCUACUGCGAUUCGUUGUAUUGUCGAUUCAUUUCCUCGUGCGAGAAUUUCCUGGCAUCGCUUUGGAGAAAAACUCGCCGAAGGUUCGACGUUCAACUUGACGAAUAUCACAACACGAGAACAGCAAGGAUUCUAUUCCUAUCGAGUCGAAACUGAUGGGUUCGAGACAAUCACAGAUGACUUUAUGAUUUAUUUUAAAGGCAAACCAUUGAUUUAUAUCCACGAAUCGAAACAAUAUCGUACAACACAGACACGCGAAUUUGAAUGUCAAGUUUACUCCUCCAGUCCAGUUUUAAAAAUCAGCUGGCGAUUAAAUGAUCACUCAAUCGAAUCAACUGAUAAAUCACUAAUUUCAACCACAUGCGAUGAUUAUAGUUGUACAUCGAAAUUGCUCUACAAUCCUCGUCAAAGCCUUUCAACAGCCAAUAGUCUCAGUCGUUUAUCCUGUAUCGCCGAAAACGAAUACGGAAUCGAACAAAGUCGUCUCUAUCAAGUCGACUCCUUGGAUAAUUCAUCCAUGAUUUUAAUCCCAGUUGUCUGCAGUGUAUUUCUACUCACUGUUAUCCUAUCAAUCGGCGCAGUUUAUUGUGGUUGUCGAUCGAAACAAAGAAAGAAACGGUCAAUGAAAAAACUUCCGAUUGUUUACGAUGCGCAUUACUCAAUCAAUGAGUUAAUUAAAGAUGCAGCUUGUUUACAAACAUCCGAACUUCGAACAUGUUACCCGUCGACCAAAGAUCAUGAUGAAUUGUCAUUGAAAGUCGAUCAGACUAAACUCGAAUCAACAGAUCGAUUAUUAGCAUCGUUAUUCAGCAAUACCGCAAAUAAUCAUCACCCGAAAAAGCUCAUGGACAAUCUCUCGAAUGAAUCAUCCAUCAACAGUUCGGGUUUUCAUUCGAAAUCAACCACAACGACAUUCAACAAUGAAUAUAGUCCCAGACUGGCAGAAAUCACUGAUUACACAUUUUCAGGUAUGUCGCCCUUGUAUACAACACAAUAUCAGAUGAAUGUGUGA